GCGGCUUAGCGGCCAAUGGAUCUAACUCCCACUGGCGCUCACUGUGCCUUGUCGUCCUGCAACACCUUCGAUUUCUUGCCAAUCAGAUGCCAAUGCACCAAACUGUUUUGCAGGUUUCAUAUAUCUCCCGAACUCCAUGACUGUUCAGCGCAAGAUCUUGUUAAUCGCCAACCUGAACUGAGGCCUUCCGUACAGUCUAAAUGCACGCUGCAAUCAUGUGGUAAUGCUAGUCUGGAAUCCAUACUUAAGCCCAAAGAAGACGGCGAUGCCCGACCAUCUGUGCUGUGUUCGAACUGCAUGCAACCUUUUUGUAUCGCUCAUCGUCACCCCAAAGAUCAUUCAUGUUCAGGCCCAAAGAAACCUGAAGCUCCUCGGAAAAAUGAGGCUGCCCGCCUGCUAUUGUCAAAGAACUUUCCAUCUAAAUCCGCUCCUUUAGCAGCGCGUUCAGUGCAACGAGGACCCAUAAAAGUUUCAGCUUCAACGAAUCCGAAGACAGCGUCGCAAAUAGAGAAGGUUGAACAGAUGAAGCUUCGACAUGGAGCUAUUGCCGGCGACCCCGAGGACAGUGCAUCGACUGUACCGAUGAAUCAACGUUUAUAUCUGAAGGCUAAGUCAAGACUCUCGAAUUCGGUGGAGCAAGAAAUAAAGAUCUGGUUUCGCCAGUCCAUUGUCACUGGCAAGGUCAUAGACUUACUUAUAAAGCAUUUUGAUGUUACCGACUCCGAAGAAUAUUCAUUUGCACUUGCUAAGGUGCAGAGUUCGGGAGGUUUGAUGCCUUUACACAACGAACAACAUCUAGCAGAUCAAAUUGCAGAUGGGUCAACUUUAUUCUUAACUUCCACAGAGUUUCUUGAAACUACACAGUGAAUAGAACGGGAUGAUGGACACCAAUGUUCAUGGAUUGAUUGAAAGGUGGUUCUUCAAUGAUGAAGAACUGAUAGUAUGAUAUAUUAGUAGAAUCCUCUCAUUCUGCGCCGUCGAGAACAGUAGUUUAGCGCUAAAUUCAAAGCUCCUUAUAGUUUUGAG